AUGGAUAGCGAGUUCAAGUUCAUCAGAUCCUCUGUCGAGAGCUUCAUGAACACCUACCUGCCUUUUGUCCCAAAUGACAAUGAAACGCAAUACUUUGUUCAGCAACUUUUACAGGACACUUCAACGGGGGCUGGUAAUGCUUCUCAUUCCAGCGACGUAACUACACGGCCAGUGUUGUCUGUAUUGACGGGAAACGAGACAACUUUCGCUUUUCGAGAUUACCCACUCCAGAGAAAAAGGGGCCGGCGGUCUAACAACAAAACCACCUUCUCUCGGGGAUGGGAGAAGAUUGCACUGACCAUUGGGAAUAUUGAAUAUCCUGGGGAACGAAAACGCAACAAAUUCAGCUACGUAAACGUGCCGAACAAAAGGAUAGCUUCCUCCAACCGAGGCUACAACAACAAAAUCGAUGCCGCAUUUGUUGCAGCCUGCGAUACGCACAAGCCGCUUCAGACGACCGACAUAGCUGUUGUAGUCGGGCACAAAGUUGCUGCGUCGCACACUCGGCAAAACGCGUUACAUGUCGUCUCUUCCAAUGUUCAGAUUAUGAACGAAGACGUACGUCGUAUGUUCACUUUCGGGAUAACAGCCGAAAUGCAUAAUGUCACGCUGUGGUAUCAUGAUCGUUCACAUUCAGCCGCGUCGUAUCCCUUUAACUUAUCCACGAAUCCUAAAUUAUUCAUACAAGUUCUUAUUGCAUUUUUGUUUGCAACGGAAGAAGAGCUUGGCUACGAUUCAAUGUUUACCGGGCAGCGACAAGUGUUUCGGUUCUUUCGCACCGUGGAGGGCCUGUCGCUCUAUCAUUCGAACGGCAUCACCGGUCGAAUGACGCGUGUUUACAAAGUCGUUGAAGUCAGGGAAAGCGGCGAGGCGUUUGGAGAUCCGCUCGUUUUGAAAGACGUGUGGCUCGACAGCUCUGCGAAGACGGAAAAAGAGAUACAGAACGCCAUUUUUACCGAUAUCGAACAAUUUUGGGACAGCCCAGACGAACCGCUGGAGUUAAAGAGCUUCAAAGAAGCUCACAGGAAAAUUGUUGGCAAUGGCAGCUACAAGCAAUACUUUCUUCAGAUUGUCCUGGACUACAGCGGACAGAAAACUAAAGUACGAGUAGAGAUAGGAACCGAAGUCAGAGGUUUCUUCGACGCUGAGCAAGAUCUCGCACUGGAUGCUCCGGCAACUGGUACCGCAUCACAAGGAUCGCAGUCUAUGAAUGAUCAGACAUUUGUAAACGCACACCGAAAUGCUUCCCAAUCACCAGCUAUUCCAGCUAUUCCACGCGAACAGAAGAGGCAAUAUCGCAUCCUUUUCAAGGAGGUUUGUAGAACUUCUGGACGGCUCGAAACCCUUGGAGAAGUGGUCAAUGUGCUAUCACAAACCCUCAUCCCGCUCCAGCUUUUGUUUUGCGCGGGAUGGGUCCAUAGAGACAUUUGUUCUGGAAAUAUACUUGCUUUCAAGAAAGAUUCAGAAAGCCAGGGGCCGUGGCUCGCAAAACUCUCUGACUUUGCAUAUGCCACAAAAUUCCCUGUGCCAAAAGGUUCAGCAUGUGCUUCAAGUACGAAGACGGGGACAGCGUACUUUAUGCCUCUGGAAAUUAUGCUGUCAUCUUACUUGUUUUCUCCCAGCCACGACAAUACACUGCCAGCGCAGAAAGAAUUCGCAAUUGCAAGACAACUUUCUGUCAAAGAGAGACUUGCUGAAUUGGCACUACAGCUACAGAAUUCUACAACUACUCAACCGCAGAAGGGAGUCGCUCACAAUUUCCAACACGAUUUAGAAUCAAUGUGGUGGAUGCUUCUCUGGAACAUAUGCUGCCGCCUUGACCCAACACAAUCAACGAAGUCCCUUCAGGACUUUGGCAAGGCCGUUUUCAUUAACGAUAGAAAGCCGACUCAUGCCAGAAUUCACUGCAUCACCGCACCAUUCGGAAAAACCGUCACACCCAAGGCACCAAAGUCAAUUCUCUCUAUCGUUACGUCUCUUUCCUUAUUGAGUGGCGAACUUUACCAGAACUACGUUGAUCGUGGUCGGAAUGGCGCAUAUAAUGAUGUUGGCUCGUAUGCUCAGAUUCACAGCAUCUUCUUCGAGACAUUUAAAGCGCUCGACGAAGAGGUCACUGAAGCUUCGGAAGCCCAAGCUUCUGGCAGAAACGAUGGUGGAGAUCAGCAUUGGUCCACGAUACCUUUGCUGGUGAAGGCUUAUAGCAAUACCGUGGCACAAGGAUCUGCGGUGGGCGAACCAGAGCGUAAGCGUCCUCGAUCCAACGAAGACCAUGUCGAUGCGAGGGAGGUCGAGAGCGAAGGUAGGACCAAAGCUAAGCAACCUAGAAAGAAGUGA